GAAGCAAAUAAACGCCGCAGUCUAUUUUCAUUUGGAAGCUACUUUAGUGCGUGUCUGCCAUUCGCAAGAGCGCAUUUUAUAAUUGACAAAAAAAGAAGCCAAAGCGAUAAAAAAAAAAACGCAAGGACGAAACGGAGGCGUCAUUUCGAUUUCGAUAAAAAAAAAAUACAGAAUUUUGUGUAUCAAAAAGACGCCGAUUUCACGACUCUUAAAACCACAAUGGAGGACAUUGCAGUAGUCAAAAAACGUGGACGCCCUCCAAAGGGGGGAACUACUGGAGCUGCUCCGGCAGCAGGCAGUCCCAUCGAGACAAUACCCAAGAAGCGCGGGCGUCCAAGCAAGGCCAAGGGACGCGGCAGGCCGCCAACGGUAGCCGCAGCAGUAUCCAGCGAUAAUGAGGAUAUUGACCACAAUGAGCUGGACGAGGUCAACGGCGAGCAACCAAUCAAAAUAACAAGCACUGGCAAGGGACGCGGGCGUCCACGGAAAGAACCAAUCACCGUGCGUGAGAACAGCGGGAGCGAUGAUGAUAACGAUGCCGAUUCGUAUGAGGACAAACCAAAAAAGAAGAGGCAACAAAAAUCAUCGCCCGCCAAGCGCCGCAAGUUGGGCAGACCGCGUAAGCAUCAGCCCAGUGACGAGGAUGAGGAUGAUGAUGAUGAGGAAGAGGAACGACGUCCAGUGGGACGUCCGUCAACUGGCGCUGUUAACUUGAACAUUUCACGCUCUGGCCGCGGUGUCGGACGCCCUAAGAAGAUUGAGUCUGGCGAUGUGCCACCACCUAAGAAGCGAGGACGUCCAGCCUUAAACAACAAGGCGGCUGCUCCGUAUGUGCCAUCGGGUCGACCGCGUGGACGGCCAAAAGCAAAUAGUACGAAUCUCAACGUUGCUGCCAAGGACGCUGAGGAGCAGGAGGAUGAGUCUGAGCACGAGGAUGUAUAUGGCGAGGAUGAGGAAGUGACAGUAAUGUCUACUCCAAAGAAACGGGGACGUCCAUCAUUGUCGGACAACAGUAAGACUUCAUCGUCAGCCAAGUCCCGUGGACGGCCCAAGAAAUCUCCUAGCUCCCAGCUGAAUGAUGAUGCCAUGGAGCAUGAUUCAGCUACCGAACUGGAUGACGAGUCCAAUUUGAAUGUGUCGAAGAAACGUGGACGUGGUCGUCCAAAGGAGUCGGGGAAUAAGGACGCCAACGGCGGUGACGCUGAUGAGGACGGAGACAGCAGCGGCGGCGACAAUAUCUCUGAGGAGGCAGUCAAGCAGACACCCCACAAGGUUUCCAAAUCGGAUCCGAAAAAGGACAACUCACCGGGAAAUGCUGAAGAAGACGAAGGCGAUGCUGGACAUGAUAACAGCGAAUCCAUUGAGUGUAUCUCCGAUGAACCAUCUUUGGCAGAUGCCUAAUUUUAAUAAUUAAGUAAAAAGUAACAAGUACACAUCAACAGAAACGGAAAAUGCUAACAAAGUCCCAUCCUAUAAAAUAGGCAACCUUUUACCAUUACCCACAACUGGUAACCGACUUCAUUAACGGGGUGUAACGACAGUAAUCCAAUCGAAUUCCAGCAACAAAAUCUUUGAAUCUUUUCAACACCCCAAUUGAUUAUUAUUUCAAUAUGGCUAAUUUCCGGAUGUCUUCUGCUUUCCCUUCCCCCGUUUACUGCACUUGUAAUUCCAAAACAAAAAUUGUAUUCUAUUCCAUUAUUUUAUUGUAUUGGUUAAAGCUCGACAUAAUUUGGCUUAAAUACAUAAUAUAAAAACAUAAUAUCAUUGUAGAAAAUUUGUGAAAACAAAUC